AUGGGCAAGAAAGAUGAGAAAGUCGAAGCUGUUCUUCAUUUGAUAAGGAAACAAUAUCCACUCACUGUUAAACAAGAGAAAUUCUGUAACAGAGAGUGUGUGGAGAGAUUCUUGAAAGGGAAAGGAGAAAACAUGAAAAAAACUGCGAAACAACUAAUUUCGUGCCUUUCUUGGAGACAAAACAUCGAUAUUGAGCGAUUGGGAGCAGAGGAAUUCUCGACGGAGCUUGCCGACGGUGUAGCCUACAUCGCCGGCCACGACGGAGAAUCCAGACCCGUUAUCAUUUUCCGUUUCAAACAUGAUUAUCAAAAGUUGCGUACACAGAAACAAUUUACGCGUUUGGUGGCGUUCACGAUGGAAACUGCGAUUUCGAGCAUGUCCAGAAACGCGGAACAGAGCUUUGUUAUUCUCUUCGAUGCAAGCUUUUUCAGAUCAUCCUCUGCCUUUGCAAAUUUGCUUUUGGCGACCCUCAAAAUCAUCGCAGAUUAUUACCCAUGCCGACUUUACAAGUCCUUUAUCAUCGAUCCUCCCUCUUUUUUCUCUUACAUUUGGAAGGGUGUUCGUCCGUUCGUGGAGCUAUCAACGGUAACGAUGAUAGUCUCGUCGCUGGACUACGACGAGCAGUUCAAUAUCAGCCACGUGUCAUCAUCAUAUCCUAGGUCAGCAUCUCUACGUUUCGAUGCAUCGUCGAUCAAAUCAACGGCCACGAUUGGUUCAGCUUCUUCAAGAUUCGCCUUCACCGUAUCUCAGCACCAUGAUUCCUUGAAGCCGUGGUACCUUUCCUUCACCGACACGUCUCCUUUCAACGCCGCCGUCGACUACUCCACCGCAUCCAAAGUUUCGCCUCUCAGCGCGCGGUCGUUAUCUUUCGCGUCUCCGGCGGCGCGUGGUUUCAGAGACGCGAAACCAGCGGCAUGCAGAAAGAGUCUUUUCGCGUCGACGCCGUUGCCGGAGAAGACAAAAACGGUGAUGUAUCCGAAAACUCCACGUCCGUCGUUUUUUCAGUCUCCGGCGAUGUUUUUUCGCGGCGAGAAAAAUGUCGGAGGAGGAGGCGAGAAGUCACGUGAAGCGUUCGUACCGUAUCUUAAGUUUUACCGCAGACCGUACGAUGAGACGGCCUAUAGGUCUAAGCUGCGGGGUCCACGUGGAUUUGUGUCAGUCGUGUCUUCGCAUAGAAGAUGUCGCCACGUGUCUUUUUCUCAACGGUUCUGA